CAAAAAUCUACUUGUUGGCUCAAUCCACAAAAUGGCAGCCUCCGACAAAAAUUCACGUGGAAAUAAAUUAACAAUCGAUUUCAUAAAAGACCUUGGAGGACUCGAGGAUGACUUGAAGCUUUUAGAUGAUGUGAACGACAACAGCGAUUCUGAAGUAGAAAACUCUGAGGAGGAUCUUGAUGCUGAACCUAUAAAAAAGGAUGAGAUCAGAGAUUUUAUUAAGAAGUUGGAGAUUUAUAAGCACAGGCCUGAUACAAAAGGGGAAGAAAAGGAGCCAAAACAAAAGAAAUUAUUGGUAGCAAAACCCAGUGAAAAUUCAGCUGAAAAUGAGGAACCAUCUACCUCAAAGGUCCCAGAAGAAAGUCAAAAGAAGAAAAAAGAAAAGAACAAAUACAAGGUACAGCAUGAUGAAGUUUCCAGUACAACGAAAGACCCAACAGCAGAAUAUAAAUUACAUAUGAAGGCGUAUCAGAAGAGAAAAUAUCUCAUCAUCAAAGCUGGAGAAUAUUUUGAUAAUCAGGCAGAUGUUGAUGUUGGUAAUGAAAAGUUUAAUGAUAACAUGGUCAAACAGAUGGAAGAAUUUGCUUCCAAACUACUCAAUGAUGAAAUCUUGGUCUAUAAUAAACAACGUGAGAGUACAAAAAAGUCUGAUGUAAGAUGGAUGAAGACUGUUCUAAGUUCCGGAACUCUUGCUGAUAAGAUUGCGGCCCUAACGGUGUUGAUUCAAGAAUCACCUGUUCAUAACCUCUCCCAUCUAGACACUCUUAUCACAAUGGCGAAGAAAAAAGGCAGGAGAGAAAACAUACAAGCUAUAGAUGCAUUAAGGGAAAUUUUUAAGACUGAUAUGAUCCCAGAAGAUAGAAAGUUACGAGUAUUUGCUCAGCAUGGGUUUGUUAAGUUAGGUCCAACAACAGGUUGGAAUAAAGAAGUUAUGGAUAGAAAAUUGAUGCAGUGGAUCUUUGAAGCUCAGCUGAAAACAAAAUAUGCUGAUUUUGUUAAAAUUCUUGAGGGAAUGGCACAUGAUACAGUUCUCAGUACAAAACAGAAAGCUGUCAACAUCAUCUACAACAUGCUUGUCAGUAAACCAGAACAGGAAAAGGUGUUGUUGACAUUACUUAUUAACAAAGUUGGUGAUCCACAUUAUAAACUAGCAGCUACAGUCUCACAUCUCCUCACCAAACUUGUGGAGCAACAUCCCAACAUGAAAGUUGUGGUUGUUAGGGAGGUGGAAAGACUGUUAUUCAGACCAAAUAUUGCUGACAGGGCACAAUAUUAUUCUGUGUGUUUCUUGAAUCAGCUUAAACUGAGUCAUGAUGAUAAAGAAUUAGCUGGCAAACUGAUAGAAAUCUACCUGACCUUCUUCAAGGCUUUUGUGAAAAAAGGUGAAGUGGACAGUAAAAUGAUGAGUGGUCUAUUGUCUGGUGUAAACAGAGCUUUCCCAUAUGCAAAAUUGGAUGAGAAAUUUCUUGGAGACAAGUUAGAACAUCUGUAUAAGAUUGUACAUAUAGUCAACUUCAGUACCAGUAUACAGGCUUUGUCUUUGCUUUACCAGGUCAUGGAUGCUGGACAGAACAUAUCAGAGAGAUAUUACAGCGCCCUCUACAAGAAACUUGUAGAUCCUGCACUGAAGACAUCAUCUAAACAAGCUAUUUUCCUCAACUUGCUCUUUAAAAGUAUGAAGAAAGAUGAAUCAGAGAGGAGGUUAAAGGCAUUUAUCAAACGUUUACUGCAAGUGUGCUCACACCAACAACCAGCAUUUACAUGUGGAGCUCUUGUUUUACUGUCUAAGGUAUUGAGAGAGAAGCCUGGUUUACUGACUUUAUUACAUAAUGAAGAGGAAUCUGAUGAUGAGGAACAUUUCGUUGAUCAACUAGAUGAAGAUGACACGGAAACAAGGCCUGGUACCUCUGGUGAUGCUACAUCAGGCAGGGAACCAGUCAAAAAGUCAAAGAAAGCUUCCUGGGUCCACAGAGCUAAUCUUAAUCAUAAAACAGAGAAAGCAGAUUAUGACCCAUACCACAGAAACCCCCAGUACUGUCAUGCUGAGAAUGAAUGCAUCUGGGAACUGGAAAAUUUUACAGUCCACUUUCAUCCCACUGUGGCAUUGUUUGCUAAACAGAUUCUUAAGGGAGAGAUGAUAAAAUAUACCAGUGAUCCUCUACAGGAUUUUACUCUGAUUCGAUUUCUUGACAGAUUUGUCUACAAAAAUCCCAAGAAAAAAGAACAAAUUGAAGAGAAAACAAUGAGUUUGUCUAGGAAACAAGCUGUGCCAACAGGAAUCAAGGGAAUGCUGGUUACCAGUGACCAGUUCCUGCAGUUAAAUGAAAGCAAGGUACCAGCUGAUGAUAUUUUCUUACACAGGUACUUCCAACAGAAGGCAUUAAAAGAUGAAAAGAAAGUUAAGGAUGAAGAUGAUAGUGAUGUUGAAAGUGUUACAGAUGCUGAAUUUGACAACUUCUUAGACAAAUAUGAGGGGCAGCUUGAUGGUCAUGAUUUCACGGAUAUUGACUUUUCCAGUGAGUUUGGCAAGAAGAAAUCUAAAAAGGGUGAUGAUAAUGAUGAUGAUUCUGAUGAUGACUUAGAUGAUGAUCUCUCUGAUGAAGAAAUUGACUUUGAAGAUGAUGAAUUAGGCAAAAGUAUAGUUUACAGAGUGCUUAAUAUUUAUGAUACUAAUUCUGGUAAUAAAGAAUACUUACAUUGUGAUGGUAUGGUUUUAGAUGAGAUGGAGGGCGGUGAUAGUGAUGAUGAUUUUGGUGAUGGAGACAGUAAUGAUGAUGAUGAUGACGAUGAUGAACCAGGGGACUUUGCUGAUGCUGAUGAUUAUGCUGAUGAUUUUGGUAGUGAUGAAGAUCAGAAGCUGGAGGGAGGUUUUAAUGAAGAGGACAUAGAAUUUUCUGAUGAUAAUGAUGAUUUUGCAGAUUUCAUGCCGAAAGGUAAAAAGAGGAAGGCUACAGGGGAACCCAAAAUGGCUGCCAAGAAAGGAAAGAAAGCCAAGCACGAUAAGGGUGACUUAUAUGCUGCAGCUGAACAGUUUUCAAGCAUGAUGGAUGAUACUGCAGGCUCUAAGAUGAACAUGAUUAGUUCUGAUGCUCUCUCUAACACAGACAAAGCAGAUGUGAAGCAAUUAAAAUGGGAAGUUGAUAGAGACAGAUGGCUGAAAGGAGGUAACAAAAAACAUUUUAAGAAAGGUGGAGGAAAGUUUGCAAAGAAAGGAGGUCAUAGACCUGGAGGAAAACCAUGGAAUAAAUCUGGUAAACCUAAAGCUGGUGGCCCACAUGGUAGAUCAGGAAAACAACAAAAUAAAUCAAGGAAAGGCAAACGAUAAAUUGGACAUUUGAUUGAAAAUGAUGGGAAAAAAAUCUAGAAAAUAAUGAUACAUAAAUAAACAAAUGAAAUGUA